AUUAGCUUCGCUCCAUGAUGCCCCUAGAACGUAUGUUAUAAGCCCGGACAGAUCGACUCGUAUCGGAGUUCUCGUCUUCAUAUCUAUGGCGGUUACGGAUAUCUCGCUGGACCGGGCCUACUUGGCGGCAAUAUGGCUCGAAACGUUGUUUUAUGGCAUGAACAUCGUGCUCUUCUUCUCAUGCAUGUUCGUCCUGGUCGUGCGCCGGCGAACCCCACGGGUCAAUACCUUUCUCGUUGGCAUCGCCGUGGCCAUGUUCUGCUUCUCUACGUGCCACGUCUUCCUCGGCUUCUAUCGCCUCAUAAUGGGCUUCAUCGUGCUGCGAGACCAACCGGGGGGCCCUGCCGCCUUCUUCUCCGACGUUUCUAUUCCUGCCAAUGUCGCGAAGGUGGGACUGCAUACAGUUAAUUCGAUCAUUGGUGACAGUGUAGUGGUCUGGCGGUGCUUCCUUGUGUGGGGCCGAGACUGGAAGAUGUGCGCCAUUCCUAUUCUGUUGGUGUGCGGAUCCGCUAUAUGUGGGUUUGGACAAACUGUAUUUUUUGCACGCGGGCAGAGAUAUCAUAGUGCGUUUGCGCACCCGCUGGUGUUAUGGAACGGUUCCCUGUUCAGCCUCUCCCUUGCAACGAAUGUCGUUGUAACGGGGCUGGUCGCUCUCCGUGUAUGGUACAUGCUACGCUUAUGUGGGGGCACUGCCAACUUCCGCUACUGGAGGGUUCUCGUGACCGUAGUCGAAUCUGGCAUGAUCUACUCAGUUGCACUGAUAUGCGAGGUGACCCUCUAUUUCUUGGGCCUCAACUCAUUCUACAUUGUCUAUGACCCUAUUGGCCAAUUGACGGGUAUCGUCCCAACGAUGAUCAUCGUGUUAGCUGCCCUGGAAAUGACGACAAACGAUAUCACCUCGCGAAUGACAAAGAGCCAACGAUCGGGGCCGCGAUUCCGGUCAGGGAUUACCGCCACCACCGCUACUACCGACGAGACGCAUACCAUUCCUCUUGACACGAUGGUAUUCGCUGACGGAGUGUCGACAUUCCGGGAGAGAAAAACCAUCAUCCCCACGGUGACAUUCGAGGAUCCGCACCGCCAGACAGAUACAUUGGAUCUUAAACGAGCCGAGCAGGGAGGCGAUGGUGCGGGCGACGUAUAAUCUAGGGGAGGGAUUCUCAUGCAUAAAAUAUACCCUGCACUCAUGGUCGCUAAUGUAUGUACCGAUGUAUCAAUAACACGUGUGUUGAGGC